CUGAACUUUCAAAAUCAGUCGCAUUACUUCCAAGACAAAAUGAAGAUUUCCCUAGCCGUUCUUGGCCUAUUUUUGGCUUUCUUCUGCAGCUCGCAAGUUACAGCAGCAGCUCAUUUCCUUCAACCGCCGACAGUCACCUUCUGCAAAUAUUUUCCUGAAUUCUUUUUGUGUCAUGACAAGGGUAAUGGCUCAGAUGGAUCGGGGCCAGGUGGACCGGGAGGACCAGGUGGACCAGGAGGACCAGGUGGACCAGGAGGUCCAGGCAAUGGAACUGCAGGACCUGGAAACUCCACCAAUGGAGCUCCUGGAAACGCCACCAAUGCAACUCCUCCUCCUGAAGGUAGUGCCCGAGUUUUUAUAGUACCAUCCGAAUUAUUCGAUUAAUCUGAAUAUCAAAGGUUUCCUGGCUUUAUAAAUAUUAUUGUGAACUUUAUCCUAAAUUUUUUGGUGGCAUGUCAAUUCCCUUAAUAAACAAUUCCCGAAUAUAAUA